AUGCCUUCUCUGAGAUGUUACUGGGAGGCUGAGCUACGACAAAGUCGAAUUGCUGAUGAAAUGGGUCGGAAUCGGUUCAGUAAAAUCGCGCAAUCCUUACAUUUCACUGACAACAAUGACGUGACUGAUGAAGAAAAGGAAGACCGUCUUUGGAAGCUGAGACCAUGGCUGAAUUCACUGCGAGAUAGUUUUCAGGAAGUGAGUCCAGAAGAAAACCAAAGCAUAGACGAAAUUAUGGUUGCCUUCAAAGGUCGAUCACUGAUAAAACAGUACAUGGAGAAAAAGCCUAAGAAGUGGGGAUUCAAACUUUGGGGUCGCUGCAGUUAUGGGUUUUGCCAUGAUUUCAAUGUUUAUCAGGGCAGAGGCACUGGAAUAGAUGAGGAAUUAGCACCUGGUUGUGGCCUUGGGGGUAGUGUUGUAAUGCAGCUGUGUCAAUCUCUACCAAAGAACCGCCAGUUCAAAAUCUUUGCAGAUAACUACUUUUCAAACUUUACUAUGGCAAAGUUGGUGAGAGACAGCGGCAUUGGACAGUAUACGGGUACAAUCAAAGGUAACCGUGUCCACAAUGCACCAUUGACGUCACUGAAGGCCAUGGAGAAGUUGAAACGUGGAUCAGGCUCGACUGUCUAUGACAAGGAUAGGGAGCUAUGCUUAGUAAGAUGGUAUGACAACAAGUGUGUCACCCUCAUAUCCACUUACGCUGGUACAGGGCCGUUGGAAAAGGUGAAGAGAUAUGACCGGUCAAAAAAGGAGCACAUUGAAGUCGAUCGUCCAGCGGUGAUCCUGGGUCUUACACUUGCUGAAGUAGAAUGGCUUAGCAACCAUAUGGGUCACACAGUGGAUAUUCACAAGGAAGCCUAG